AUGAUUAUCCAUGCGGCUGUUUGGGAUGGAUGGAUGGAUGGAUGGAGUGGGAGGAGGGAGAGGGAAGCAAAGGGUGACACAACUUCAUUUUACUCUCCUACCUCCUGCUGGUUUACUUCAUCUUCUGCUUCUACUUCAAGACCUCCCACUUUUCUGGACUUUUAUCCUUCUUACCUCUCUUCCUCCCUUCCUCCGUCACCGUCACCGUCACCGUCACCGUCACCGCCACCGCAACCGCCACCGCAAUCAUCAUCAUCAUCACCACAACCAUCAUCAUCGCCUCCUUCUGCUUCUUCCGAAUGUUCUAGGCUUCGAUAA